AUGGCUUUGGAAAUGGAAAUCAAAGAGUUGAUAGCUUUCAGCGAUUCAGAUUUGCUUGUGCAUCAAACCUUGAAACAGUGGAUAACCAAAGAUUCAAAAAUUCUGCCCUACCAUUGCAGUCUGCUUACUCUGGCCAAGCAAUUUCGAAAUUUGGAGUUCAGACAUCUUCCACGUGCCCGGAACGCAUUUGCCGAUGCUUUGGCCACUUUAGCUUCUAUGACCCGAUAUCCUGAUGAAUUGAGGAUCGAGCCAAUUCCGAUUCAACUUCAAGACAAACCUGCCCACUGUUGGGUUGUAGACAAGUCCUCCGAUAAUGUUCCGUGGUAUACUGAUCUCAAGGAGUUUCUCAAAACAGGGUCUUACCCUCUACAUGCUGAAAAGUUUCUGCCUUUACGUCUGUUAUCGUCCUCCAUGCGAGUUUUAUUUGUAAAUCUGCGUUGGGUUGGGCUGGAAUUUGAACGGGUAGGAUUUGUGUUUAGCUGUGGGAGAUACGCUAGGAUUGCAUUUGAGAAUCCUGGUAAUGGGUAA